AUAACCAAUUAGGAGGGUCACUGCCGCUCAUAUAUAGCCCGGCGCCGCGGCUGUGCCAAGAGGAAUCUGUCGGGGCUUUCGGCCGCCAGAGGCAAGGCGCCCACCGCCCGGGGCUACACAGCGCUCGGCCGCUCGACGUCCCCCGUGCCCGCCGCGCCCCCGGGUCUCCGCCCAUGAUGGGCUCCGUGCUCCCCGCCGAGGCGCUGGUGCUCAAGAGCGGGCUGAAGCCGCCGGGGCUGUCGCUGGCCGAGGUGAUCACGUCGGACAUCCUGCACAGCUUCCUCUACGGCCGCUGGCGGAACGUGCUGGGCGAGCAGCUCCUGGAGGAGAAGGCCAGCCACAGUAGCCCCAGGACGGCCUUCACGGCGGAGGGGCUGGCGCAGUCCUUCUCGGGGGAGGUGCAGAAGUUAUCCAGCCUGGUCCUGCCCUCAGAAGUGAUCAUCGCCCAGAGCUCCAUCCCCGGGGAAGGGCUGGGCAUCUUCUCCAAGACCUGGAUCAAAGCUGGCACCGAGAUGGGCCCUUUCACCGGCAGGGUCAUCUCGCCGGAGCACGUGGAUCUGUGCAAGAACAACAACCUCAUGUGGGAGGUCUUCAAUGAAGACGGCACGGUCCGCUACUUCAUCGACGCCAGCCAGGAAGACCACCGCAGCUGGAUGACCUACAUCAAGUGUGCCAGGAAUGAGCAGGAGCAGAACUUGGAAGUGAUCCAGAUUGGGAACAGCAUAUUCUACAAGGCCAUUGAGAUGAUUCCACCAGACCAAGAACUGCUGGUCUGGUAUGGGAACUCCCACAAUACUUUCCUGGGGAUUCCGGGUGUGCCGGGCUUGGAGGAGGAACAGAAGAAGAACAAGCAUGAGGACUUCCACACGGUGGAGACCGGCGCCAGCACGGCCGGCCGCAUGCGGUGCGUGAUCUGCCACCGCGGCUUCAACUCCCGCAGCAACCUGCGCUCCCACAUGCGCAUCCACACACUGGACAAACCCUUUGUCUGCCGCUUCUGCAACCGCCGCUUCAGUCAGUCCUCCACGCUCCGCAACCAUGUGCGCCUGCACACCGGCGAGCGCCCCUACAAGUGCCAGGUGUGCCAAAGUGCUUACUCCCAGCUCGCUGGACUCCGGGCUCACCAGAAGAGCGCCAGGCACCGACCUCCCAACGCCUCCCUGCAGUCUCACUCCCCAGCCUUGCCCGGGCCCCACCCUGCCUCCCUGGCACAUCACAUACCUACCAUGGUGCUGUGAGCUGCUCUUGAAAUGCCAGCUCUCGGGCAGCCUUUUCCAGCUGUCAGAGACUGGCACUGAUAACGCUGAGGAAUUUGUUGGCUUCAGCCCUUCGGGAAGGGGGAGGGGGGCAGAGGCAGUGAGGGGGGCAGAGGCAGUGAGGACGGGGGUCAAGGCCAAUUUCUUAAUUAAACAGUUUGCUGACAAAGUGCCACCUCUGUUAGAGCAUUGCCAUUCCCUUGGGGCUUCGUGUGUGACAUGGUCCCAGCCCCAUGAUCCAUUCUCCCAGCUGAUCAGUCUGGGGCAGGGAGCAUCAGGGCUCCAGCCCUAGAGGAGGCUGUGUGAUAAGCUUUGUUAUCCCUGAUGUUUGGCAUCAGGCCAUGAGUGGCAUAAAUGCAUUUAGGAGGAUAAACCCACCGAGAAUUAAAAAUAACAUGAACUCUAAUAUGAAGACUCCAGUAUAUGCGGUGGGGGAGAAAGAGCCAAAAUGCUGAUUUGGGAAACAUUUUCCAAUGGAUUUUGUGUUUCAUUCAGUUGGACGGAGGGAACAAAAAUGGCUUUCCUCUCUAUUUAAGCUAGUACAGCUGGAAGGCCGGAGUCAUUGCUUGUUGGGUGUGGGCACCAUUCUGUUGAAGUCAAUGCUGCUGUGCCUGCUUACACCAAUGGAAAUUUUGGCCUCCAAGCUGUGUCUGCACUGGGGAAAUGUACAAACCCUAUUCUGAUGUAAGUGUUGGAGGAGGCAAAGUAUGGAUAAAGAUCACGGGGCCAGGCUCCAUUCUUGCCCCCAUGUCUGUUUGGUUUGGCGUCCAUGCUAGACCCCCAGCUGGUCCCCAUGCCAGUUCAGCUGACCCACUAUGUUCCAUGCCCAGCUGGUCCACUGUGCCACAGUUAGCAGCACCAGUGGGCAGAAUCUCUUGUAAAUUUCCAGAGACUCAAGCAAAUUAGUUCAAAAUCUUCAAGAGGCUUCAUCCCUGCCUGUAAAAUCAAAGCCCCGGGUCUCAUGGCUAAGCUGUGCACAAGUUUAUUGCACACAGUCCACAGAUCUGAGGUUCCGCCCAGGCAGCCAUGUGGGCAUGCAAAGUGGCAAUUGCAGCAUCAGGCUGUUGGUGAAAAUUUGCCCCAUUCUAUGCUCGGGAAAGGGAGAAUCAAGCAAGUCGCCAAGUGUCAACAAAAACAGUUUUCCAGGAUACGUGUGAGUUGGGCUGGUUAGAAAUGCCCCACACUCCGCUCACCCUGCCAAGGCCACCUUCCGCAUUGCAUGGAUGGUCCUCCUCUGGAUCUUCCGUAUAGCCGUAGCUGUAGGGUCCAUUAGACUCUUACCUCUACUGCCCUCUGGAGACCAGACAGAAGUAAUUCCUUUGGUCAAACCCUACCCAGAAUACAGUCCGGAGCGCCCCCUUGAGUCCUGUCACUAUUAUGAACCCAAUAAGAGGGGUUUGUGAACUAAAAUUUAAAAAGCCUAUUAUAAUAUUAUUAAUUAUAAGUAUAAGAUGUAUAGAGUUUUCACAAACCGUGUUUUACUUCCAGGAAACGAUUGUCACUUUACCUUUGUAAAUAUUUAUGUAAAAUAUUAUUUACAAAACUUUGAUAUUAUAUAUUAUUUGAUGGUAUAUGUACACAGCUGUAAAUACAUUUGUACCUCUCUCGCUUGUAUUCUAAAUAAAAAUUAC